AUGGGCAACGAGCAGAGCAGCAGCGUGAGCAGAGAAGAGCGAGCGUAUGCCAUGAACAACCCUCCUCCUCCUCAGGCUCGCAUCUCAGCCAAGGGCGUCAGCUUCACGGGGACUGAACUCAUCCCUCAGCUCCCUGCUAGCGACGACGUCAGUGCAGAUGCCACAGGAGCCAGCAAGAACUGCAUCCUGGUAGUUAUCACCCGACUGGGCAACCCAGCAAACCAGCGGAUCGGUAUGGUGCUAUGGCAGAACGGAGUGGUGCAUGAAAUGCACUAUACGUCCGACCUGGGCUGGGACGAUGUGUUCCCAGCGCUGUCCUCGAGCAAGAGCGGCAUCUCGUUACCCAUCUUCAUCCAGCAGGGGAACGUGUGGUGGGGGCUAACGGAGGAGGAGUUUGACAACAUGGCCAUCACCUGGAGGGGUAACCAGAGUGAGAGCGGGAGGCUGCAACAGGCAAAACUCUGCAUGAAGAAUGCUUUCUUCAGGAGACCAGCUGAAUGA